UCAAGUUUUGUGCCAUCACUGCAUGCAUCAGUUCAAGUCGAAAGGGUGAAUGGGAUUAUUCUUCUGCAGGUGUUUAUUCCAUGACUCUGGAGCUCGGCAUCGACCAAAAACACAAAGCUGGUCUGCCAUUUCCUCAUCGAAGAUCAAGUGAAGAAGCAGCUGCACAACUCUGUUAGAACGUCUUGUGUAGCAAUGUGACGCCUUUCGGAAGAGUAUUUCGAGCCUGAAGAUAACGCUGAGUAUUUCUGAAUGGGAAUUGCAGCAUGUCGUGGCCUGCAGUUAGCCAGUCUAUCAGGCUGGUGGCUGGACACCGCUCAUCCUUACCCUAUGGCGUUGCGGGCAUCGUGAGUGGCUGUCCUGUUUUCUGUCAGCUGCGACACGCCAGCAAGAAGAAGAAUCUGGAUCAGAUUCGAAAGCAGCAGCGACAGCAGCAGUUACAGAAGAGUCUAGAGGCCUCCAAGCCCACCCUGGAGAGCGUGGUGGCCGAGUUUGGCGAAGGCAAAGUCAAAUCCUGGGAGAAGUGGAAGUACAAGGGCCUGAUUGCGCCCGAAGACAAGCUGGAGAAGAGGAAGAAGAGGAAAGACUGGCUGUCGUUUGAGAAGAAAGGCUUGAUUCUGCCCAAGCACGGCGAGAUGGGCAAAUCAAUGUUGUUCCGCAAGGGACCGAGCCAAGAGGAGCGGGACGAGGAGGAGCUGCGGAAGAAGCUGGCGAUGGUGGAGCACAUCGAGGACCCGGAGGUGCGCAAGUUCGCCCUGGAGGACAUCGAGGACCGCGAGCGGCGGCUUGCCACGCUGGACCCGCACGGCUUCCUGGAGAAGCUGGAGCAGCUGGCGGCGCUGGGGCAGCCGGACGUGCCCGCCAAGGAUGGCAUACGCGUCCUGGUCAUUCACCCGCGAGUCAAGUACACGCUGCAGCGCCUGCGAGGCUCGGGCGAGCAACGGCGGAACAUUGCCGAGUGGGACCUGCAGGAGGCGGUGAGCCUGGUGGACGGCAUGGGAACGCACUACGCCGCCGGACGCUACAUCAUCUCUCAGUCGCGCACCUCCAGCAAGUCGUUCUUCACCGACCAGGGCCUGGAGGAGAUCCAGGCCAUCAUGGAGAUCGACUGCUUUGAGGAGGUGAUGGUCAAUCACGUGCAGCUCAGUGCCCGGCAGCGUGCCUUCCUGGAGAGCCUGUGGGAAUGUCGCGUGUACGAUCGCUUCAACACCGUGCUGCACAUCUUCAAGAACUUUGCCAGCACGCCGGCCGCUAAACUGCAGAUCCGUCUAGCAGAGCUCGAGAACGAGCAACGCCUGAUGAAGCAAACGGAGGACAAGAACAAACUGCACCACUCUGAGCUAACGCCGGGCUACUACAGCAAUUCUGAUGGCGAUCAUGACCUGAGGAGUCAGAAGCGCAAGGACCACAUGGACAACAUGAUCAAGCAAGUCAACAAGAAGCUAGACAGGUCCAAGGUGCAUCGCGAGAUCGCGCGGGAAAGUCGUCGUCGGAAGGAGGUACCGCUGGUCGCCCUUGUCGGCUACACGAAUGCGGGCAAGACAAGUCUGGUGAAGGCGCUGUGUGGCAGCAAUGUGGAAGGAGAGAGCAGGGUGUUUGCCACGCUGGACUCGACUGUGCACAGGCUGCGUUUGCCAUCCGGACUCGAGGUUGUUGUCAGUGACACUAUCGGCUUCAUUAGUGAGCUGCCGCCUACGCUCAUGGCUACGUUUGAGUCCACUCUGGCUGAUUCCUUGGAAGCGGAUGUGGUUCUGCACAUUCGUGACGCCACACAUCCUAACACGGAGGGCCAGCGAGUCAACGUGAUGCGUACGCUACUGGACAUUGGCUUCAGCGAUGAUCGCGUCGAGGACAUGGUGGAAGUGAACAACAAGAUCGACUUGGCGGGUGAUUUGUCCGAGUGGCAGCAGAGUCUGCUGCCGGGACAGUUUACCCAUGACUUACCUGAGGUGAAGAGCAGCGUGGAAGUGUCGGCCAAGACCGGCCAGGGCAUGGAGGAACUCAAGAAGAUCAUCGAGGAGAAGAUGCUGGAGAGCUCCAAGCGCCACUGUCUGCAGCUCACCAUACCCAGUACUGGCAAGGAGUUGAGCUGGCUGCACAAGAAUGCUGGCGUGUCAUCGACGGUGUGUUCAGAUGAUGGUAGCGAGUUGAUUGUGGACGUUGUGUUGACAUCGGCGAAGCUCGGCAAGUUCAGCGCUGAAUUCCCGCACAUCAAGGUUGAUCAAGAUUUGCUUCCUGUGAUGGAGGACUGCGGUGUGUCAACGCGCUUUUCUUAGCCGCGUCGGCUGUGUUGAUGUAAGUAUGAUUGCUCUAGUAGUCCUUCCAUUCUUGCUGCAUCCGUGCUGCCUUGAGAGUGACAGUGACAACACACACGUGCCAAUGUGGACAUUUGGGGGUGCUGUAACAACGCGAGACAACAUGGAGGUGCAUGUUGUCAUUGGCAGCCCAUUUGUGUACCGGGCGAAUGUUCUAUUCGCUGCGAUGCCAUCUGUGUGUGUGUGUGUGUGUGUGUGUGUGUGUGUGUGUGUGUGUGUGUGUGUGUGUGUGUGUGUAUAUAUGUGCAUAUGCAUAUCUGGCGGCCUAUGUAUUUCCGUGUACUCUCUCAUAUAUCUAGAUCCACCCCUUGCAACUGAUUGAUUUUUAUCGCUUGAACUUUGUGCAUGUUAACGCCUGCUAGGAUGCAAUCAUCCCAAGAUAAUGCUGGGUAACGUACUAUUGUUCCUGUUGUUGUUGUUGUUGUUGUUGUUGUUGUUGUUGUUGUUGUUGUUGUUGUUGUUGUUGUUGUUGUUGUUGUUGUUGUUGUUGUUGUUGUUGUUGUUGUUGUUGUUGUUGUUCUUGUCAAUGAUGCUGAUGAUGACGCUGUCCUACGCGAGUUGAUUUCCUCGGCUGUUUAUUAUUAUUAUUAUUAGUAGUACUGGUGCUAAUGCAACAGUCACUGAGUGUAGAUAAGAGUUUCACUUGAUUCUGUGCUGGUCAUGGCACUAGUGGCUCGCCUUUCUUAUAAGAAUAUUAUGUGCAUGUAUACAUUAGUACAUGCACUGCCCUUAGAGGACAUUCACAGAGGACAUAUGGCUGGAAAUUCAUUUUUGAUCUGCUUUGAUUUUUAACUUCAUUUCUAGCAUAAUAUUAUUCAGUAUUGACAGUAAACCUGGAGUCUGCAAUGUCUUUCAACUGAGAAAAACUUGAUCGCGUUACGCCGCAG